AUGAAAGGUCGAGGGCGAAAAAGAAAGACUACAGCUGCUGUCGAUCGCAUCAUUCAAUGCAUAAUCGAAGGCGACCGACGAAAAUCUGCUGCAUCUGUGAAGCAGGAAUUCGAAAAAGAGAUUGGUGUCAUUAUUCAUUCUAACACCGUUCGAAAUCGUAUCCAUGAAAUCGGUUUAUAUGGUCGAGCAGGCCCGAAAAAAACCAUUCGUGAACAAGCCCAAUCGAGCAAAACGGAUUCAAUACGCAAAAACAAUGAUGGAAAAGCCGUUCAGCUAUUGGAAAGACAUCUUGUGGUCCGAUGA